CAAUAAAAUUCCAAGAUGGGCUUAGGCCCAUAAAUAAUAAUCCAUUUUAAUAUAUGAUCUCAAUAUCCCAGACCAUAAGCAAGUCAGCCCAACUCUCUUCCGACAACCAGCUGUACGGACGGCGGUGAACGGCGGCGACGGUGGUGAUUCUAUUUGCAGUAGAAAAUCACAAGGUUACGUGAUAUUUCUUGCAAUUUCUUCUCAGCUCGAAGCAAGAUUUGAAAGAGCAUCAUCUGCCUUUUGUUUUCCGCGGUUGCUCAAUCUAAGAAGUUUUAUAUCUCUAGUAAUCUUGGUUCUUCAUUCACUUGAAUAUGUCUUUGCGUGGACCUCCACUUCCUCGACUUCUGCUGAACAAUGUCUCGUGUAUGAGAAAUGCUCAACAAAUUUUGCGCCACGUUAAUGUUUCCCUCCAUGAUGGUGGUGCACUUGUAUUAACGGGCACUAAUGGCUCCGGUAAAUCCACGUUCUUGCGUAUGUUGGCUGGUUUCUCGAAACCAUCAGCUGGCGAGAUACUUUGGAAUGGUCACGACAUAACCGAUUCAGGAGUUUUUCAGCAGUACAAACUCCAGCUCAACUGGCUCUCUCUUAAGGACGCGAUCAAAGAGAAGUUCACGGUCCUCGACAAUGUUCAAUGGUUCGAAGUUCUUGAAGGUAAGCAAGGACGGUCUCUGCCAGCUUUGCAGCUUAUGGGGCUCGGAAGAUUAGUAAACGAUAAAGCACGUAUGCUUUCUAUGGGUCAACGGAAAAGGGUACAACUCGCCAGAUUGCUAGCCAUUGAUCGGCCUAUUUGGUUGCUCGAUGAACCUUCAGUAGCAUUGGAUGACGAAGGUGUGAAAUUGCUCGAGUAUAUUAUCGCAGAGCACAGAAAAAAAGGCGGUAUCGUCAUUGUUGCCACUCAUCUGCCAAUCGAGAUCGAGGAUGCAAUGUUCUUAAGGCUUCCACCAAGGUUCCCGAGACGGAUGACUUUGGUAGACAUGCUCGAUCGAGGCGGCCUCGACUAAUGAAAGCUCUGCAAUGAAUUCAAAUGGGAGCAAAUCCAGUUUGUUUCAUCUGCAAACUGAGUACAAAUCGGAUUUUUUAAUUUUUGUUCUUACUCAGUGUUCGUAUCUGUAUUGAGGUUCGAUUAAGUCGGUUCAUAAAUUACGCAGAAAUUUAUUUACAUUGUGUGGAAUGUAAUGCAAAGCAACAAUACAGGUAUUACUUUGGUUCAAUGAAGUUAGAUGAGCACCAUGAAGUCUCAGGUUUAAGGUUUAAUUCCUAACAGAGAAUGGAUAUGUCAAUUACUACUCUGCGUAUCUGAUGUGUGCUUCGGAGUAUUGGAAUGCUGAUCAGAGGCGGGCGACGGUAGAAGACACUAGGACAGAGUUACCUAGUAUUUGUUGCUAGGGGUGGGCGUUUGGUAUUCGGUUCGGUAUUUUCAAAGUUGAGGUUCAGUAAUUCGGUAAUCGGUAUUUGAACAUAGAUACCACAUACCAUACUUAUGAAUAUCGGUUUAACAUCGGUUUGGUAAUUUGGUAACCGAUAUAUUAAACUUCGGUUCGGUACGAUAUUUGGUUUUACCAUAUUAAAGUUAGAGAAAUGCAAAUGUAUGUUUAAACUUUUAAGAGUAUAUUUAAUAGAAAUCUUAUUUAGCAUUC